ACUUGCAUUAAUGAAAUGUUUAGGUUCUGUUUAUUAGCUUGUGCCUUACUGGCUUCACACAGUUUUAAGGCGCUACGAUUUGGACCGUGCCCUAUUUUGGAACACCCUGUGGAUCCGCCAACAUUUGAAGGCGCAUUAUAUGAGCGCUCGAUCUAUUUUGAUACGUAUACCCCUUUUCUUCCAAACCAUCUAGACUGUACCACUGUUGAGUGGCCAAUUGCCAAUAGCUCAGAUCUUAUCUUGGGUACAGAUAAUGCGAGCUACGUCGUCACCUAUAGGUGCAACUUUUUUCCAAAAUUCUACAGUCAUGAGGAAAUUGUACGAACAUUUACGGUGGAGAGCAACCCUGAAAACUCGACGAUAGAAGCUAUUGAGGAUGCCUUUAUGAAAAAUAAUAUAAAUCCCAAGGCAGCUAGGAUUUUAUGUUGAUUUUAAACGUUAAGCUAAUAAUGAAUUGUGUUACCAUUUAUUGUAAAAAAAAACAAAUGCUCAGAUAUCCUUGGAGAGGCCUUGCAAUUGAUUCUAUUUCAAUCAUUGAAAUUUGAGUGACUGAACGGUUUUAUUUCGAUGAUAAAAAAGCUCUAAAAGCCGGCGAUUGCCAAUACUUGGUGCAAUUCAUUGAAAAGUAUAAGAAUUGGUAUGGAGUAGUAAAUAUUCUAUAGAAUAUUUUAUUUUUCCUGGGUGAUGGCCUUUAAAAUAAAUGAAAUGUUUUCUGAA